UCGGUCUUAAUAAAAAGUUUAAGAAACACUGCUAUAGGGUCAUUAGUCUGCCCUUCUUCAACCAACUUUACUGUGCCCUAAUAGUCCAACUGUUAUCUAUCUCUCAGUCUCUUCCUCCUUCUUAACCAUCUGGCCCCAUGGUAUUAGCAUCUUCCAUCUCUUAUCUAUUAGCAUACUGUACAUUCCUCACUCAUACACAGAACAAGAAGUAAUUGAAGAGAUUACAGAAGCAAAAGUAGUCUGUUACAAAGUAAAGACAAUCUUAUUAAAACAAUCACUUCUUUAACAUAAAAAAUGUAUACAGUUUACAUAAUUGUCUUUGGGGCCUAUAAGUACACAACUUCAACAGGUUAUAUAUACAGUUUACAGCCCUUGGUGGGCAACAUGUAACCAUUAAAGGAAGCAUGUUAUACUUAUUAGAAGCACCUUAGGUCUUUUUCAACAGAAAAGACAAUAUGCUUUGAAAGUUAAACCAUCAAAGGAAGCUGAUCUACCACUCAUUGAGAAUUACAGGAGGUCAUCUCCCUGGACAGGACCUGUGCCCCUUCUCUCUCCAGACAAGAAUUUUAGCCACAGUCCGCUGCGGUUCACAUUGGUAUCCCUAGCAGACUAAUUUGACUAUGGGCAGUAACUAAACUCUGGUUUCUCUCCAAGGACUGUGAACAGUUAUAAGUUCUCACAAAGCUCUCUAUUCAGGAUAUAAAGCAUACAGAAAAUAAAUGUAAAAAAUAGUAAAAGAAUUUACUUUCUCACUAAACAUACCAGAAAUUGCCCAAGGCCUUGGUAAGUUAAGAGAGAGUCCAACACUUCAGCAAGGGCUUGGCACCCCCCUGGAUUCAAGGUCACGUCAGUUGGAAAUAAUGCCCUGAGUUUCUACAUGCAACUGUUAUAGCCCAAGUUCUUCCUUUGUACUGCUUCUUGGACUGCCCUAAACCGAUAUCUCUCCCCACUGUUAUUACUUCCUGGGGGAGCUAUACUAACCCUCUCCCCCUGGAUUUGUCCACAAUUGUUGGUCCAAAUAUUAUGAAUAUUCAUAAACGCAAUACAACAAGAUCCUCAAAUAUACUGCAUGGCUGCAGUGUCUAUCAUAAUUACUGCUUCUGUGGAAUGUUUCAGUUUCUUUCCUGCAGGUAUUAUAAUUCAUUUAUUAACAAUACAAUAUUUAUUAUAUUCAACUUGCAGAAAAAUGGCUACUUUAACGAAGACUGAGUAUUUUUUAAAGUAUUUAAUAUUUCCAUUCACAGUGUCUGAGCAACACCCCUCCACUAACAGAAUAUUUCCUAAAUGACAAAUAUCAGGACGAGCUGAAUUUUGACAAUCCUUUAGGAAUGCGAGGUGAAAUAGCAAAAUCUUAUGCAGACCUCAUCAAGCAAAUGUGGUCAGGAAAAUACAGCUAUGUCACACCGAGAGCAUUUAAGACACAAGUGGGACGAUUUGCACCUCAGUUUUCUGGAUAUCAGCAACAAGACUGUCAAGAACUUCUAGCUUUUCUCUUAGAUGGUUUACAUGAGGAUUUGAAUCGGAUUAGGAAAAAGCCUUAUAUUCAAUUAAAGGAUGCAGAGGGGAGGCCAGAUAAGGUGGUUGCUGAGGAAGCCUGGGAGAACCAUUUAAAAAGAAAUGAUUCCAUCAUUGUAGAUAUAUUUCAUGGUCUUUUUAAAUCCACUCUAGUUUGCCCUAAAUGUGCUAAGAUUUCUGUAACCUUUGAUCCCUUUUGUUACUUGACACUUCCAUUACCUAUGAGAAAGGAACGCACUUUGGAAGUAUAUUUAGUUAGAAUGGAUCCACUUAAUAAACCUAUGCAGUACAAAGUAGUUGUUCCAAAAAUUGGGAAUAUAUUGGACCUUUGCACAGCACUGUCAACUUUGUCUGGUGUUGCUGCAGAUAAGAUGAUAGUUACUGAUAUAUACAAUCAUAGGUUCCACAGAAUAUUUGCUAUGGAUGAAAAUUUGAGUAGUAUUAUGGAACGUGAUGACAUCUAUGUAUUUGAAAUCGCUCUCAACAGAACAGAGGAUACUGAGCAAGUCGUAAUUCCUGUUUGUCUAAGAGAAAAGUAUAGACACACCAGUUACAGCCACCAUAGUGGUUCUUCGCUUUUUGGUCAACCUUUUCUUAUAACAGUGCCUAGAAACAAUACUGAAGAUAAACUGUAUAACCUUCUGCUGUUGAGAAUGUGCCGUUAUGUAAAAACAUGUACUGAAAGUGAAGACACUGAAGGAUCCCUACACUGCUGUAAGGACCAUGGUAUUAAUGGGAAUGGCCCAAAUGGAAUACAUGAAGAAGGAUCGCCAAGUGAAAUGGAGACAGAUGAACAAGAUGAUGAAUCCAGCCAGGAUCAGGAACUUCCUUCUGAGAAUGAAAACAGCCAAUCAGAAGACUCAGUUGGAGGAGACAAUGAUUCUGAAAAUGGAAUAUGCACUGAGGAAACUUGCAAAGGACAACUGCUCACGGGACACAAAAAACGAUUGUUUACAUUCCAAUUCAAUAAUUUAGGCAGUACUGACAUCAACUAUAUCAAAGAUGAUACCAGACAUAUUAGAUUUGAUGAUAGGCAACUUAGGCUUGAUGAAAGAUCCUUUCUUGCUUUGGAUUGGGAUCCCGAAAUGAAAAAAAGAUACUUUGAUGAUAAUGCAGCAGAGGAUUUUGAAAAACAUGAAAGUGUGGAAUAUAAGCCUCCCAAAAAGCCCUUUGUGAAAUUAAAAGAUUGCAUUGAGCUAUUUACAACAAAGGAGAAACUAGGUGUUGAAGAUCCAUGGUAUUGUCCAACCUGUAAAGAACACCAGCAAGCAACCAAAAAGUUAGAUUUGUGGUCACUGCCCCCAGUACUGGUAGUACAUCUAAAGCGCUUUUCUUACAGCAGAUAUAUGAGGGACAAACUGGAUACACUGGUUGAUUUUCCAAUAAAUGACUUGGAUAUGUCAGAGUUCCUUAUUAAUCCAAAUGCAGGGCCUUGCCGCUAUAAUUUGAUUGCUGUGUCCAACCACUACGGAGGAAUGGGAGGAGGGCAUUACACUGCUUUUGCAAAAAAUAAAGAUGAUGGAAAAUGGUACUACUUUGAUGACAGUAGUGUAUCAACUGCAUCUGAGGACCAAAUAGUGUCCAAAGCAGCAUAUGUGCUCUUCUACCAGAGACAGGACACUAUCAGCGGAACUGGCUUUUUCCCUCUUGACCGAGAAACUAAACAAGGUGCUUCAGCUGCCACGGGCAUCCCAUUAGAGAGUGAUGAAUACAGCAAUGAAAAUGAAAAUGAUAUAGAAAAUGAAAAUUGUAUGCAUACUAACUAAUGGAAGACCUAAAAGCCAUAAAAAGCAAGACUUUCUCAUUGGAGCUUUCUAUUGAAAUAAUGAAAUUGCCCACCAAAUUAAAAAUAAAAUCUGAGAUGGGGAAUUUCAGAUGACAGAAUGUAAAUCCUUUAUUGCAUUUUAACAUGUGCAGUACUUGAAGUGAAACACAAUGAAAACUUUAACAGAAAUUGUCUCUAAUACAUUUACAGUCUUGUAUUCACAAGCUAUCUAUAGGAAAUCACAAAUAAACCCCUUUUAAGUUUUCUGCUGCUGUUUUGAUGAAUUAUGUUUUUUUCAUUUUGAAUGUGAGUUAAUAACUAAAAUGUUAAAUUUGAAUUGGGUCAUUUAUUUUCUUAGUACUACAAGAAUACUAUUGCAGAGAGCCUAGUUUUUGGAUGAUUUUAUUCAUGUGUAUUAGGCUGUCUCAUGUACUGCUAUUUUUUAGCUAGUACAUAUAGCAUACAUAUGAUAAGUAGUAUUCCUCAAACACCAAAUUUUCAAGUUUCUCCCCAAAAAUUAAUGUUGGACAAUUUUAAACUCAAUCAUGAUAGAAGAAAAAGGUGUUUUAACCUUUUGUGGUAUAGUUAAAACAUCCAGAAUAUUGUAUUCAUCUUAUUGCUGCUGUGGGACAGGUUCUGGAUUUCAUGCUGAAUUAACAAACGUUUUUCAAUUAAAUGUAAGUAUCCCUUGUUGCUUGUUGGAUCUGUUCUGUAGACAUUAUAAUUCCUGUUAUCUUGCUUAUAAGACAUGCAUAACUUUAAUCUGGUGUCAGUCCAAAAUUUAAAAUUGUGCUGUAAGUUUCCCUCCCAUGUUAGUAGUUUGACAGCUUUCAAACCACUUUGUAAUAGGGACAGUAUUCUGUCCUUAUUAUUCUACCUUCGUAUUCUAUAUCCAUAGUAAUGACUGUGUGUCAGGCUUAGAUGAAAGAAAUUUUUCCAGAUAACUUGCCUUUAAAUUGUUAAUGGACAGUUGGUUUUAAAGGUAGGUCUGUUAAUUUUCUUUGUGUGUUCCUGAUGGAAUUCACCAUAGCCUUACAGCUUAUCUCAAAAGGUAACUUAUUAUAGGAGAAUUGGCAUUUGCAUGUUCAAGAGUCAGAACCUGUACAGUAUAUAAAGCAUACAGACCUUGAACUGGAUUUUAGUUAACCAUGUUCAAGAGUCCAGGAUGCCAAAAAUAAGUGUGACAGUUUGAAACAUUUUUAAUUUGCUGCUUUCCCUUUGAACUAGUUGGAAGAAUGUAUUGUUGAUUUGUAUACAAUACUGCCUUUGAUAGGAGCUCUUAAAUGUGGGGUCACACUUCACAUAUCUACUACCUGAAGAAUUGCUUUGUGUCCCACUGUUAUGAAAAGCAAAAAGUAUGAUGUUCUUCACUUGAACUAAUCAAAUACAAUAGGUUAUAAAUUGUGUAUUGUAAAUAAAAGUUCACUCUGUGAGUGCACAUUUUGGUAAAUUAUUUAUUUAUGUUAGCAUUAAAAAGUUUAAAAAAUUGCAUUUGACCAGGAUAUAAAUGAGGUAUGUUGGACAUGGCUUUGCAUUAUACCUUGAUAUUAAAGCUGGUGUUUCAUCCUGGUAUUUUAAA